AUGAUAGAUGUGGAUAAACUAAUAAUAAAUUCCAUUAAGAAAUAUGUAAACAAUGAGUUAAAAAAUCACACGAAUUCUUCCAAAACCUACGGAAUCUUUAGAACCAAUCUCAACACUAAUAUUCCCAAAUCUUCACCAAUUUUAAACAUACACAAACCCAUCAAUAAACCUCAAUAUUACAAAAUUUUUAAUAACUAUAAUAACGAUUUUAAUUCAAAAAUUACUAACUCAUCUCGAUCCACAAGAAACACCUUUUAUUUACACUCUUCUUCAACAAACAAUGUUAUUUUACUUGAUAAUACAACAGUUGAUGAUAUAGAAAAUAAAGAAGAUCACCUAGAUCACAAAUCUAAACCUUUGGAUGUGGACUUUGAAUUCAAAUUGUUAGAGUUUGAAGGAUUCAGUGAAGAAUAUCUGGAUAACAUAAAAAGAUUUCUCAAAAUAUUGUUAGUUUCAUCAGAAAAUAGUUUAUUGAAUGAAUUGGAAAUCAAAAUUCGGAAUUUGUACAAUAAUCUAGGUUUUACCGGCUCCUUACACAUAUUUUCGCUACUUAGUUCAAUAUAUAAAACUGACAAGCCCAUAAAUUACAAUCACUUUCUUGAAAAUGUGCUUAAAUAUCUAAAUUCUGAUGUAAUUUAUCCAGUUCACACGUUCAAAACGUGCUACAAAAUUACACCCAGGAGCCCAUUUACACCUGAUAGUAAGCUAGAGGAAGACGUAGAACAUCUUUUACAGUCAAUUUCCUCAAAAACACAUAAAACAAUUAUUACAAAUUCAAUAUCUAAUGGAAAAUUGAACCAUGAAAAUAACAAUCAAGAGUACAAUGAAGUGAACUACGAUGAAUUUGAUUACGAUAAACAUGUUAAACGUGAAGAUAAAACGAGGGAUUUUGUUUAUAAUUUGACAUCAGAAUCACUUUCAGGAUUGACAAACUAUCCAAUUAAACAAAUAGAAGAGGUGUGCGAGAAACUUGAUUUAAAUCCCAACAAGUUAAGUUUAGAAGAGUCUCAGUUUAUUUUGGAUGAGAUCACAACAUUUCUAAACAGUGGUUCUAACAGUAUUUGUAAUUAUAAAAUUGUUAAUGGAGGUGGAAAAUAUUAUGUUGAGAGAAUUGAAAGUAACUGGGUUAACAGACCGUUAGUAGUUACCGUAAUGGGGCACGUAGAUCACGGAAAGACAACCCUACUCGAUUAUAUUAAUAAAACCGAUGUUGCCAAUACCGAAAAAGGCUUUAUUACUCAGAAAAUCUCAGCUUUUCAAGUCUCUCUAAACCCAACCUCACCCUCAAGUCCAUCAAAAAUCACCUUUAUUGAUACUCCAGGACACGCAGCCUUCUUAACUAUGAGGGAAAGAGGAGUUUCAUGCACAGACCUGGUUAUCCUGGUGGUAGCAGCUGAUGAUGGUGUCAUGCCACAAACGCUCGAGUGUAUUGAUCUUAUUAAAAGGUUUAACCUGAGAGUCAUUGCGGCCAUUAAUAAGGUGGAUUUAACACCAGAAGAAUCAAUCUCACAGGUUUCAAAAACUUUAAAGUCCCACCUUGUAAACAGUAAUUUGCUAGGCAUUGUACCAAUUAGCGCCAAAACAGGUCACAACGUUGACAAACUCAUGGGUGAGAUACAGAAGAUACAGUCUGAAAUGAACCUGAGAACGGACAAAAAUGCUAUAUUUAAGGGUUAUGUUUAUGAAACUAUCCAUCACCCGACUAGAGGAAAGUUGAUUAAUAUUCUAGUACAGCAAGGAACGAUACAACAAAAUGAUUACAUAUUGAUUGAUAACCAAAUUGUAAAGGUUAAAACUGUUUAUGUUAUAGGAGACUCAAACUCUAAUACCGGUUCAAAUAAGCUUAACCCCAAAGAACAGGAACAAGAUUCUUGUUUGAUUCAAAUAGUACUAAAUGUAAGCAUAACUAAUUUGGCAGGGACAGUGGUCGUUGGAAAUAAAUCACUAAAAGAACUACAAAGCUAUCAACUCCUAAUCAACAAAUUAGUUAAUAACAACAAUCAACUUGAAACAAACUCUAGGGAAUGUUUGGUACCGUAUAUUGGCAUUAAUUUAAGAUGCUGUGAUCAGGGUAGUUUAGAGGCCAUUGAAAAGUAUAUUGAUGAGUUCAACAACAAUGCCAAGGAAAGUUUAAAUGUGCUCAAUCUCAUUAAUCGCAAGUAUAUCCGACCCGAGCUCUUGAGUGAUGAUAUAAAGGCAGACAAGGAGUUGGGGGUUUCAGAACUAAGAGAUAAAUACUCCAAGUAUACAGAGGACUGGGUCCCUUUUAAGAUUAUUAGUAAAAAUCUUGGUAAUUUUAAUACAAAUGACCUCCAACUACAAAGUAUCGGGAACGUAGUCAAUAUCGGUUUCAACGUUCAGAAUCAGAUGAAUUUAGAUAAUAUCGUGAGAACACAUGACAUAAUUUACCACAUAUUCAAUGACAUCAAGUUGAUUUACGAGUACUAUUUUGGAGAUGAGCACAGGAGGAAAAUAGAGUCGAAUCUGAUAGUGACACAGCUGGGGAGUAUAACGCUGAAGGGAGUUGGAAAGAAGCAAGCUGUAGGAACAUCAGUUAAGGAAGGACAAUGUAAAUUAAACCAUUUCUACUCAGUAGUUAGAGAUAAUAAAACUAUCCAUCACGAUCUGAAUGUUUUAUCUUUUCAAUCAAAUAAAUUAAAUGUCAAAUCAUUAUUAAAAGGAGAUAACAAUAACUGUUUAAUUUUUAAAGAGAAUGUAGCAUUACAAUUAAAUGACGAAAUUGUAGCAUAUACCAAACAGCCACUUUUACCAUUAUUUGAUACAGUAACCAACCACUUACUGAAACAAUAAUCUUUUAAUAAUUA